CAGCAGCAGAAGAAGAAGGAAACACAGCAGUACAAAGCUCAUGGCUGGAAAGGAAAGAAGGAAGUAAAACGUCGCAUUGGACAAAAAAAAAAAAUCAAUCUUCUAACCAGAUCCAGAGCAGACAUUGUUAAACACACAGACACAGGACAGCAGCAGAAAAAGGAAAUACAUUAUCACCAUGCCGAGAAAGAAAGAAGUAGUGCCAGUGUCCACAGUCUCUACAGUAGCCACGGUUUCUACCAAAGGGCAUGGAGCUCCUCGCAGAUUUAAAGAAAACUCGAGGAUAAUGCGCGCACACGAAUCGAUGGUGGAUAUAAUAAAUGGGCGUCAUUCUACAAGCUCUUUCCUGGAUGUCUUUACCUCUGGCUUAUUAGGUUUAGAUCUUUUUAGAGGCCUUGACGAAGAGCUGGAACAUGAUCUCGUUUAUACUGAUGAUGAAGACGACGAAGAUCAGUUUUAUCCACCAAUUGCUGGUGACAAGGUUUUAGAGCCACAUCCAAGAAUUAAACAGCUCCCUGAUGCGGAAGCUGACAAACAAACAGAAGAGGAACGACGUAAAGACAGGAACAAGCGUAAGAAAAUGCGUAAAAAAGAGAAAAAGCGCGAGAAAAAGGAGAACGCAGUUAAAGACAUUUUACCUGAGGAAGAACAAAACAAGUCUGACUCCUCAGAAAAUCAAGAAGAAAACCCUAUAAUUGAAAGUAACACAGAAGCAAGUGAAUCUCCCGAAGAUGGUAAAUCUCAAAAUGAAUCAGAGGUCUCUGAAUGUGACGAGAGCAGCAAGAAAAAUAAAGAAGAAAGUGUUGAGGAGAUGAAUAAAGAAGAAGAAGAAGAAGAUGGGGAGCAAAAGGAUUUGAAUUUAAAUAAUGCUACUAAUGCUGAAUCGGCGCCUGAAGAAAAACAUAACCAGACGCCUGUGACGAAGACAAAAGAAGAAAAAACAGAAUUACAGGAGGUUCAGCAGCCCAAAGAAGAAAAACCAAAAGUUUUGGAAGAACCUAAAGUUCAGAAAAAGCAAGAGAAACAGGAAACCAUUAAAGAGAAAACAGUGGAUCUCACUGCAGAAGAAUAUGCAAAAAAAAGUAGAGAGCUGGCAGGUAUUGGAAAUCGUUUGGCCGCCUCGGGACAGUACAGACCGGCAGUCAAAUGCUUUACCGACGCCAUUAAAUACAACCCAACAGAAUUUAAAUUAUUUGGAAAUCGGUCCCUCUGCUAUGAAAGGAUGCAGCAGUACGAUAACGCUCUGAGGGAUGCUGACCUGGCACUCUCCAUGUCGCCAAACUGGGUGAAAGGCUUAUUUAGGAAAGGGAAAGCUCUCUGCGGGCUCAAGAAAUACUACGAGGCCUCGCUGGUCUAUAAGGAGGUGCUGAACCUGGACAGUACGAGCCAGGAAGCCUCGCAGGAGCUGAAACGAGCACAGACGUUGCACCUCAUGGAAAUGGGCUUCUCCUGGGCGCAGAGCUCUGAGGCCUUGAAGACUCACGCCACGCUAGAGGCAGCUGUCGAAACGCUGUCUGCCACUGAGACUGGUCGGGCUAUUCGAAUGGCCGCUGCCAGCAGAGAGAAGAUGGAGCAGCUGAUGGUGCAGCAGGAAGAAGGCACCGAGGAGGAGGGAGAGUGGAUCGUCUACGCACCACAACCAAACCGUCCCAGAGCGCAGCAGAUCAAAGAGUCGGACAGUUUGGACCAAAGCAGGUCGAAAUCUGAGUCGCCGACCCCUCUAUCAAGGACCGCUGGGAAACCGGAGCUUUUCCCCAUUUGGGUGGGAUCCUUGGCACCUGCCGUCACCUACGCGACGCUGCACGAGCUCUUCAGCAGAGCCGGGACGGUCUACAGCAUUAAGAUGCUGCUGGAGCACCAGUGUGCCUUCGUGAACUACACCAAGAAAGAAGACUGCGACACAGCCAUCAAGUGUAUCAAUGGAAUGGUGGUAGAAGGCGCUCCUCUGUCAGUGCGAUACCCCAAUAAAAUACCCGUUGGACUGGGAAUGUCCAAAUGGGCUGCCACUGAACCCUGCUCCUCACGCCCUACCGUUUACAAGAAGGAGUGCUUCUUCUGGAGGACCACGGGCUGCACGAGGCACGACUGCACCUACAGACACAUCCCAGAGCACAAAAAUAUCGACAAGGAUAAAUUCACCAGUAAACUGCCGACAAAUCACAUGUAGAAAAACAGGGGGAAAAAAUUAUAUGAUGAAUAAUAAGCAUGCAGCGAUUCCUCUGAAAUUUGAUGAGGUGGUGGAGCCCAAACCAGACGGCUUCUCAUUCAACUAAGUUUUGGUUUCUGUGAUGCUUCCUGUUAUGGUUCUGUUUGCAGUAGAGUAACGCUGUUUGGAUUUCACAUUUCGUGUCAUGUUUGGACAUUUGAGCACCAUGAUGGCCCACCACUUGUAUAAAUACAAAGGUCACACAAGAUUACAUCAUAGUCUACUAUAUUAUUAUUGAUUUAAUGUGCCUUUUUAUACAGUGGACACCUUAAAUAUGUUUUGUGAUCUAAUCUGUUUUAAAGAUUGUGUUGAAACACUUAAUCUUUUAAAUUGUUGCAUUGCAUCAUUUUAAAUUGAUUUAACAGAUUUUUCUUCUGUUUCUCAGUCACCACUAGGUGGCAGCAGUGUAUGUUUUCCCCUUUUCUUCAGGGCGGUUUCUGCUUUUAUUUUAAAGGCUGUGAUUCAUUAGUAGUUAAGCCAAAGGCACUUUUAACGUGCUAUGUUUAAUUUUGAGUUUGUGCUUUGAAAUCAGGUUGCUAGGAAGUGUUAAAGGUGUGUGUGUGUGGGGGGGGGGAAGGUAUGUUAAAGGUGCGGAGGGACUAAUGGCUCAGUUUAAUACUUGUGUAAAUAUUUAAAAUGUAGUCAAGUCCGGUCUGUUGGAGAAUGUGUUAAAAGUUUAUUCUUGUUUGGACACAAACGGUCAUGCAGUAAGUGCCUUUUAGUAGCACUGUGGUAUCUUUAUUUCACACCCAGAUGGAGAUUUAAGCUUCAACUUUGUUUCAUAACUGUAACAUCAUAAACGUUAAUAUAUAUACAGUGCAUGACCAAAGAGUUUGUGUAGGAGGAACAUUAUAAAUGAGCGUUGAUAUGACUCACUACAAAGAAUAAUAAAGUCAGCCCUGAUGAUGAGCAGAAUAAGGCUAAAGCUUGAUCUGUGAGUGGGAUUACCGAGGCCUGAGCGUGCAUCCCGGUGUAAUUUGAGAUAUCACUCGAAGGUCAGAGGAAGCCGUGACUUGAAGAUGAGAGACCCAGAGGUUUUGGGCUGUCCCGCCACAUAAACACCAGAUUAAUCUUGUUGCAGCUGUGUAUCCUGUUGCAGUGUCCUUGAAUGAGACACUGACGCCGGUUAAAGAAGAGCAUCCUUUCUUUCUGUCUUGUUUUUUUUUUUUUGAGUAUAAGUUAAAUGCCUGAAAGUAACUAUUGUCCCUGAGAUUUUAUCUAAAGCGAGGUUCUUCUAAGCCUAAAAUGCCUCCCUUCAAUCUACCCGACUGUCUCCUCGCUGUUAAUGUGGGAGGGAUUUGUGUUAGAUCCCUCUUUUGCUGAUUUCCAGCUGGUUUGUUAUUUGACUCGAGGUCACAUUUGCGACUCCGGUUAUGCAAUGUUUGGGGUGUGAAUUACUAAACCUUCCCUAAGAGCUGAAUAAUUACCGAAAAACGAGGUUGGAGUGGUAAAAAAAAGUAAUUUAAGCUGUGAAAAGUGCUUAGUUUUGAAUUUACAGUCAGAGCAGCUGUACUAGUGGGCAUUAAUUGGCUGAUGGUGGCAUACCUCACAAAGCCCUUCUGAUCUGUGUGAGAUUUCAGAGCAUGAAAGGCCUGUAAUACUAAUACCAUGAACUCUGUUUGAACCCAUAGGCAGCACUAGGACAUGCGGUUGAUACAUGACUAACUUGCAAAAUGGGUCCAUAUUUAAUCUUAUUGGUCCGCUCAGCUUUGCAUUACUAGAAUCUUGUUGAAAUGCAGAUAAAGACUGAUAAGAGGUUAGGGUUCACACACCGGCAGGAAUCAACAUCCCGCCACUCCAGGCUGCUGCGGACAAAGCAAAGCCAAUCCCUUACUUAACUAAAGCAAACAGCAGGAAGAUUAAGUGCAUCUUGUUAAAAGGCUGCAGAGCUUUUAACAGAUUUCUCUUUUUUUUUUCCUUCCCCCCUUUCCCUCCCAACAAGAAGAAAAACAAGAAAAAAAACAUAGUAACAGAAAGUCAACCAGCAGAAAUGUCACAUAGCUCUCUCUUUCUCACUCUUGGCUUUUAAAUGUGCGUAUAUGCAGCAAAAUCCUCCUGAAGCCACAUAAGAGAAGUUUUCAGUUGAAGUAAUUGAAUGCGGUGCUUUUAGCGAGGGAUACAUAAUGUAAUUUUUAUUCUAAUUCUGUGGUUUCUCUCCGCUGGUAAAUAAACUAUUGAUGUGACAUGAGGGAGAAGCUGACUCACGCUGUAUAUCAACAGACUGAUUUGCUUCUCAGGAAGCUAAAAUAAAUGCUCCACUGCAGCUCUGCAGCUGCUCAGCUUACAGGCUCCGCUCUGAGUUCAUAACCCUCCCGGUAGGGCUGCUGCUGUUUGCUUGGCCUCUUGAAAAGAAUGACACUUCAAACAUGUCGGUGUGUAUAUUUUGGAGCAACACACUUCAGUUUUUUCCUGAGUUUUCUUAGAUUAGGGAAACAACAUAUCGAGUAUCUUCAAAUUUUAAAUGUCAAGAUUUUUGUUCUUUAGAAAUGUUUCUACCAGAAAUUCAAUCUAGAAGUUUUAAAAAGUGACUCAUAACGUGCUUUAAUUCAAAAUGUGGAUAAUUUUGCAUCAAACUAAGUGUGAUAACCGAGAUUAACAAGAUGUUUUUAAUGGCAGACUCACACAAUAGAGGGGGGGGAGCGUUUGGUUAACUGCAGCCUCUUCCCAACGCUUGCUGGAUCCCUUUGUUGCUCUGUGAAAUGAAUACAGUAAUUGUCACAAUGAGGAAUUGACCUUCGCGUUAAUCUAGACAGAGGCCCCCUUAACAAGUUAAAAUAGCGCAAACCCAAUUAGGGAAUUGAUUGUGUGCUUUCAUUUUCCUCAUUUGCAUCAGGAUCAUAUAGAGAAGAUAAAUUAAUGUCUAGUCUUUUGUUCACACUGUCAUGCCUGGAUGUGGAGUAUCUAUGGCUAAGAAAUGGGCAAGAGGAAAAGGUCUUUUGUGUAUCCUUGAUGAACACAUCUCUGAUAAUCCGCCGUAGGCCUUAAACAGAGACCUACGGAAGAUUAAACAGUCCACGUUCACCUAAUACUGCUGUAUGUUGAGAUAGUCUUGUGGAUGAUUCAGAGGACAAUAUCAGUGCUUUGACAUGCUGCUCAUUCACAACCAUUUAGUGGAGAUGUAUUCUAUUUCCAAUCAUAUUCAAAUGUAUAUUAAAGGUGAAUUCAUUUCACUGUGGUAUAACUGAACUUGUACAGAAAAUGAAGUUUCUUCUGUAAGUGGUUGCCUGGAAAGAAGGAAACACAUCUAAAAAAUCAAAGACAAUCUCUCACAACAGAGUAAUAUUAAGAUUAAAAUCAUUAUAUUUAAAUUAAAACCUAUAAAAACACUGUUAUAAUCUGUAUUUACUUCCUUCUGCACAUAAAGUAUGUCCAGUUAAAGU